AUGGAUUCCCCUACUAAUGUACGGCCAACUCCGGCGAAUGCCAUUUGGACAAUGUCGCGGAACGGCAAAAGGCCUCUGAAACAUCUUGGUAUACCAGAUUUGGAACUUGUCAACAAACCGCCGAAGCUCUCAGCAUCCGACAUGACGGUCGGGAUCCUAUUGCUUACACCCGGAAAUACCUGCGAUAACUACAUGUCCUUCACAAGAUUAAUCUGA